AGCUUCCUUCCACUCAGGAGUGCAUUCAUUUGGAUCAUUCCCCAUCAGUUCAGAAGUGCAGUCACAAGACCAAUUCAGUGUUCGCACCGCAGCACCCGAGACUUUCGCUUCCCAAAAUCCGCUUGUCGGAUGGCAAGAACCAGACAUCCUCUCGAGGCGUCGUAGCAACCCCCACCUCCGUUCCCGAUAACCGCCCAUUAUGCUCGACGAGAACCUCCCCACCUUCCACUUCAGGCCCUCGGCCGACAGUGCCCUCUCCAGUAUCGUCUACCUAACCCAGUACGGUUCCGACCCCACCCCCGAGUACGUCCUCAGGCGAGCCGACCCGUCGCAGCCCGGCGGCCGCAACAAGUACGCCGUGGCGCUGUGCUCGCCCGUGGGCGCCGACAUCGUCUACGCCGAGGUCGACGUCGCGCCCGAAUGGACGCAGCCGACGCUCUCGGCGGCCGAGAUCCGCGCCCAGAGCGGCGCCGCGCCGCCGCCGCCCGUGCCCGUCGUGCCGGACGCCUUCUCGGUCCUCCUGUACAACCCGGACCAGGCCGUCGCGUUCAAGCUCGUCCCCGGCGGGUGGAACAAGAGCGACAGCUGGGAGUUCGAGAUGCCGACGCAGUCGUUCAAGGUGCCGUCCGCGAGCGAGCUGGACCGUCAGCAGCAGACCGGCGGGCCUGUCGACCUCGUGCCCCGCAUCAUGUUCCGCUGGAAGAAGGACGGGAGGCUGACCAAGGACAUGACGUGCUACAUGACGGGCAAGAGCCUCGGCGGGAAUAAGAGCAAAGAGCCGGACAUCACCGUCGCCCUGUUCAAGGCGGGCAAGGACAGCGCCAUGACGAUAUACCAGCCGAACCUGCAGCGGGUCGAGGUCGAGGACAUGAAAGGUCUCGAGGUCGUGCUGCUGCUCGCAGCCGAGGUCAUACGGGAUCUGUAUCUCGCCCCGCGGCACGAUGUGUUCAACACGGCGGGCUCUGCCCCCGGCGCCGUGACGGACGGAAGACGGCGGACGAGCUCCCGCCCGGGAACGGCACCGUCGCCCGUGGGGGCCACCAUGUCCGGCGCGCUGGGCAACCUCCCGCCCGGCGGCAUGGCGACGACGGCGACGACGAGCGCGCAGGCGGCCGACGUCGAGGCCGAGACGCGCCGCCUCCAGGCCAUGGUCGAGCGGGAGCAGCGCGAGGAGCGCGAGCGCGAGAAGCGCGACCGGGCGGAGCAGAAGCGCAUCAAGAAGAUGCUCGACGAGGAGGACAAAGAGCGCCGGCGGCGCGAGGCCGAGGUGGCCAAGGAGACGGAGCGCCUGCGCAAGAAGUACGGCACCGAGGGCCAGGACCUGCCCUCGACCAAUACCGUGGCGAGCCCGCCCCUGCCCCCGCGGUCGUGGGCCGGUGUUGGCACGCCGCCGAGACCCGUGAGCGUCGGCCCCGUGCCGAACGGGUACGGGGCUCCGAGUUAUGGGUGGGGCGGCCCGGCGGCGGCGUCGCCUCCGCCGCCGCAGGGGGGACCGCCUGGCCAGGGCUGGAGGAGAAAUGGCAGCGGAGGAGGGGGGCUGAACCUGCAGAACCCUACGGCGAGCGUCAGUACAUUCUUUGGCUUGAAUAGGUCGGAAGACCCGCCGCGGAAGGUGCAGAAGAAGAGGAGUUCGCAUUGGUGAGUUUUGGGUUUAGAGAAAGGGGAGGGCAUAUUCUGGCGGCAUGGGUGGCGUUGGCAUAGUCAUGGAUUAUUAUGAACGGGCUUCGAACUAUCAUCGGGGGGGACCUGCUUGGAGUUAUGGGGUUUGGGCUUCGCGGGUCUUUUAUGGUUCUGGGCCUGGGACGGAAGGAAGGGUUUAUGCGCCAACGACUCUCCAUACCACGGUUAUAGCUACAAUAUCAGGUUUGGCAAUGCAUAGCCUUCCAUCCUCAAGUGACGGUUUCUUUUCCUGUAGGCGUCCUUAAUCACGGCCCAUUAAAAAUUGAGGG